GCAUUGUUUGAAUUUUAUCAGGUAAUGAACUCCCCCCAGAGCUCAUUCAAACUUUAUUGAAGAUGGCACCAACAACAGAUGAAGAACUAAAACUAAGGUUAUAUAGUGGACACCUCUCUCACCUUGGCCCAGCCGAACAGUUUCUGAAAGUCAUGGUUGAAAUUCCAUUUGCCUUUAAACGCCUCGAAUCAUUGUUGUUCAUGAGUACGCUUCAGGAUGAAGUUUCUACAAUUAAAGAGUCAUUUGCAACUUUAGAGAUAGCAUGUAAUGAACUCCGAAACAGCAGACUAUUCCUGAAGCUCUUGGAAGCUGUUCUCAAAACCGGUAACCGUAUGAAUGAUGGCACUUAUCGUGGAGGUGCACAGGCGUUCAAACUCAACACACUUUUGAAAUUGGCAGAUGUAAAAGGAACUGACGGAAAAACAACUCUUUUACACUUUGUCGUACAGGAAAUUAUUCGAUCAGAAGGUGUAAGAGCUGCACGUAGAUUAAGAGAGAGCCAAAGCAUGUCCAGUGUGAAAACAGAAGAUCUCAUCGAAGACUCUUCACUUGAAAUAGAAGAAUACCAUCGAAACCUUGGUCUUCAAGUGGUUUCUGGACUUAGCAAUGAGCUUGAGAAUGUAAGAAAGGCGGCACUUAUCGAAAGUGACGGUCUAGGUACAACUGUGUCCAAGCUUAGUCACUCACUCAUGAAAAAUAGAGAAUUUCUUGAGAUGGAGAUGAAAUGUGUAGAGGAAGAUAGCGAGUUCUAUGAUACACUUGCUAGUUUCAUUCAGCAUUCCGAAUCUGAUAUUACAUUUCUAUUAGAAGAAGAAAAACGUAUAAUGGGUCUGGUAAAGAACACGGGAGAUUACUUCCAUGGUAAUGCAGGAAAGGGUGAAAGUUUGCAUCUCUUUGUGAUUGUUCGUGAUUUCUUGUUCAUGUUGGAAAAGGUCUGUAAAGAAGUGAAAAGUUCUGCUAAAUUAUUGGGAAUCGGAAAGACCCCUAGGAAAGAGGCAUUGACAAUAUCCCCCUCUCAAGAAUCGCGCCAGGAGUCUUUGCCAGAUUUUCGCCAGCGACUAUUUCCAGCAAUCAAGGAGCGGCAUAUCGAUGAUGAUUUCAGUUCAGAUGAUGAAAGCUGAUCUCCCUAUCUUAAAGAACAAGUUAAAACGAAAUUUUCUUGAAUGGCACAUCUCUCCAAAUGUCUUCACAAUCAAUGUGUGUUUUUGGGAACCGAUUUUCUGCUAUGAGAGGAUAAGGGAACAAGGUUUGAUCCUAUGUUGUCUAUUGGUUAUCUCUAAGUGCAAAAAUCAGCAUGAAUACACCGUCCUGAGGCUUAUAAAAUACUAGUGUAGGACUAUCAAAACUGUAUAUCUGAUUCUUUGUUCACUUGAAAAUCCAGUGUUGGUUUGCGUUUGUGUUUUAUUUAUUCAUUUAUCUAUUUUUCACUUUUGAACUUGUUUCUUAUGUAUGAUGUAAAUGUUGUGGCCUAAAAGCUGCAUUACACAUGAUACUCAAUGUAGAAACUUCAAGCAGUAAUGCUUAUUUUCAAUGCAGAUAGUAUAA